AUGAUGAAUGAAUAUGGAAAAUAUCCAUUCUAUUCUUUUGCAAUUAAAGUUGUUGUACCUGAUAACAAUAUGCAUUGUGUACCAAUUAUGUCCAUAAAUUCACAUGAACAUGAAGAAAAUGAACGUAAUCCAACAACAGGGUUAUCAUUACCAAUAGGUAAAACCAUAUCUAAUCAUGUUAAAUGCGGAUUAUCAAAGUCUCAAAUUAAAGCAUCAUUAAGUACAAAUUAUCCACAACAUUCAAUUAAUCAAGAUAAAUUACACAAUUUAAUAAUUUAA